AUGGCUUCAAUCUUUGCUGGUUCAUUGCCUCUUGAUGAACAAGCCCUUAUUCUAACACGUAAAAAUUCUCGUGCUAAUUCAAAUGCUACCCAUCGUCGUGGAUCACGUGAAGGAACUAUUUCAAUGGCUCAUGUACCACCUAUGAUUCAUGUACCAUUUAUGGCUGAAGCUAUAGCUGAAGCUCGUGCUGGUCUAGCCGAAGGUGGUAUACCAAUUGGAUGUGUUCUUGUUCGAGAUAAUCAAGUAGUAGCUCGUGGACAUAAUCGUCGUAUUCAACGUAAUUCAGUUAUUUUACAUGCUGAAAUGGAUUGUCUUGAAUCAGGUGGACGACAAACAGCAGCAUUUUAUAAAGAAUGUACACUAUAUACAACACUAUCCCCAUGUGCAAUGUGUUCAGGUGCUAUUCGUCUUUAUGGUAUUCCACGGGUAGUAAUUGGUGAAAAUAAAACAUUUCAUGGUGAUGAAGCUUUACUUAAAGAAAAUCAUGUACAUAUUGAUGUACUGAAUUCGAAAGAAUGUCAAGAACUUCUUGAAAAUUAUAUUAAGAAAAAUCAUUCGAUUUGGUAUGAAGAUAUUGGUCGUGAUACAAAUUGA